AUGCCUGACGAGCUGAUCAACGCCAACCCAACGGUCUACGAAGUCCGCGAAAAGCGGGUGCGUCCCGUGCGCUCCGAGGACGCCGACGAGUCCACUCCGGACCCGCUGGACGCCGAGGAGAUCUUUGAGCUGAUCCGACACAUCAAUGAUCCCGAGCAUCCCUUGACACUCGAGCAGCUCAACAUCACUCAGCUCGAGCUCAUCGACGUCGACUUGGCCAAGAACCAUGUCAACAUUCGCUUCACUCCGACGAUCCCACACUGCUCCAUGGCAACCCUGAUCGGACUGUGCAUCCGGGUGCGACUGCUGCGAUCGCUCCCGGAUCGAUUCAAGAUCGAUAUUUACGUUCGAGAAGGAACCCAUCAAUCCGAAGCAGCAGUCAACAAGCAGCUGAAUGACAAGGAACGAGUGGCAGCUGCCCUGGAGAACAGCCAUCUGCUGGAUGUCGUCAAUCAGUGUCUGGCGACGGCCCUGGACAAGUGA